AUGUCGUCGCCGUCCUUUGACGGCUUCUUUAGCACCCAGCAGCGCCCGUCCGCGCAACAAGACUCGCUAGAGUACCCGCAGUCCACCACGUACACGUCAUCUGAACAGUUUGGCGCCAUCUAUGCCCAGCAGUUGGGCGAGGAACCUCUGCAGUUUGUCGACGAGCCUCACGCUCUGCAUCGCCAGGUCUCCAGCGAGCAUCUCCGCCAGCAGCUGCACGGCCCACGUGCAAACUCGCUCCGAAGCGACGUUGAGCGAAAAGACUCGGUCCCAUUUGACCCCACUAGCAGCAGCACCCUUAUCGCAACCGCAUCCAACGCCCCACGACCGGGUUUCCUUGGCGGUGUGGUCGGCGGCCCUCAACAGCAACCACAGUCGCAACAGCAACAGCAGCAGCAGCAGCAGCAGCAGCAGCAGCAUGCUCAGCAGUUCCAGCAGAUGCAGGACCCCAGCUAUGCUCAGUACUAUGCCGCCAGCGGCCAGCAGCAACAAGCAUUCGCCGCCGCGAGCCCCCAGCCGCCGCACCCAACAGAGUACUCCUCCAACGAGCAGUUUUACGACACAUCACUCUCAAGCGCACCUCAGUCGGGUGACUGGAACAGCAACUUUCUUGGACAACAAGAGUCGGCGGCCGAGGACCACAGCUCGCGUCGGCAGAGUUGGAACGGCAGUGUGUUUGAAGACCAACAGUUUGAGGAACUGCAGAGAAUUAUCUCAAAUGCGUCGUCUCACGCCGGUACGCCGGGAGAGGUCUCGCGGGUCGCUUCACCAUUUAUGGCGGCAGAUGCCCCACCCGCAAACGCUUUCCCCAGUCACGUUCGUCACGACUCAAUCUCCAGCAUGGGCCGCUCUCCCAGUCCCUUUGCCACUCCCUCCAUGGCGGCUCCUUCCCCGCCCAUCUCACACCACCUUCAUCGCGCCAGCUCGACGUCGCUGUCAGGAUCGCCUUCGUUCUCAAAGCCCCAAUCGCCACCAGCGUUGAUCAUCCCCAACACGUCCCCUUCCCCUUCCCUCCCUCCCAUUGUCACGCAGGUGGUCACCCAGCCCUCUGGUGGCGCACCAGGCGGCGGAGGUGCGGGCGGCAACACUGGCGCAAAUGGUGCCCAUGGUGGAGGCCAGUUUGGUAACAGCCUCCUUCCCCCAACAAACCCGGCGCUCGAACACCUCACCGGCAUGGCCGGUAUCAGCCCCAUCGCCCCCAACGCGGACGGCCCAAUGAUCUACAUUCAGCCAAGUACGCCCAUCUCGGGUCUCAAGGACAGUGGCGGUCUCUUUGACGAGGCUCUCCGCCGCGCCAGUGCUGCCCAAAGGCAGCAAAACAGUCAACAGCAGCAGCAUCAGCAGCAGCAGCAGAACGGUAUCCAGCAGUCCGUACCGCCUCAACCCCAGACCACACAGGACCCGUCUUCGUCGUUUGUUCAAGACUCGCAGCAGUGGGCGCAAAACCUCGACUUUAGCAACCUCGCUGUCAACCAAGGCCAGCGCCCUCGCGCCAACUCUGACUCGUAUGCUCAGACGGGCAACAAGUUUGAGCGCCAGGCCGUCAUGCAGCUCAUGAACAGUGGCGUCAUGCAGGGACACCAGUUCUCCAUCGCCCAGGCCAUGCAGCAACAGCAGCCGCAGCAGCAGCAACAGCAACAGCAGCAGGGGAGCAGCCAGGCAGCCCCCACCACCCAGGACCAGUGGAUCAACGCCUGGCGCAUGAACCAGGCUGUCGAGCAGCAGCAGAUCAUCGACCCGCGACAGCUGCCAGGAAGCGAGCAGCUUCUUCAGCAGCAGUUUGAGGUGAUACAGGCUCAGCAGCGUGCCCAGCUCUCUCAGAUCAACACCGAUACGGGUGGCGUCUUCAAGUAUGAGCCCCAGCCUCACUCCCCGACCACCAUGGCGUUCCUCCAGCAGCUCGGCAUGCAGCAGCACAGCAACAACAUGGGUGGCCAGGCCGACAUGAGCGGCCUCCUUCCCCCCGACGUUCAGCCUCGCCGCCGUUCCAUUGCCGAGGGCCACCCGGCCGCUGGUGCGGGUACCCCAGGCUAUGGCGUCGAGUUUAUCGUGCCCGGUGGUCUGCGGGGACCUCUGCGCGGGGCCCACAUGGGCCAUCGCCGCGCAGGCAGCGAAGGCACCGGCUGGGGCGUGGGAGCAGGCGGAUCUACUGCCGACUUUGUCCACGCAAUGACCAACCCUGACGACGGCACAUUGUUGCCUCCCUCCAUGCGUGGCCGCUCACACUCGCGUCAUUCGUCCGUCUCGUCGGUCCGUUCCGCAUCGCCCGCGCUGUCCGUCUCGUCGCAAGGCUCCUCUUAUUCCCACCACUCGCACAUGGACAUGCCCGACGGCAUGCAAGUUUCCGACCUCUAUAGUCAAGAGCAGCGUCGCGUCGCCAAGAUGAAGGUCACGUCCGUGGCCACCGAGGUCGCCAGCCAGAGCAGGCGUACCAACAGCGGUAUUUUCCAGUGUCCCAUUCCCGGCUGUGGGUCCACGUUCACUCGCCACUUCAACCUCAAGGGGCACUUGCGAUCGCACAAUGAUGAGCGGCCGUACAAGUGCCUGUAUGACGGAUGCCCAAAAGCGGUGGUCGGUUUCGCACGACAGCAUGAUUGCAAGCGUCAUAUGCUUUUGCACGAAGGUCUGCGGCCAUUCGAGUGCGAGGGCUGUGGAAAGAAGUUUGCCCGCUUGGAUGCGCUUACGCGGCACCACAAGUCCGAGCAGGGUCAAGAGUGUGCAAUCUCGCACCCGCUGCCGACCAACCCGGACGGCAGCCCAAUGUCCGAAUCGCAGUACAAGGCGUACCGCAUGCAGCAACUCAAGGACAAGGGCAUCAUCAGGAAACUGGACCCGGACGAGGAAGCGAACUUUGUGUAG